AUGCGGUUAGUUAUUCUAUUAGGACUUCUGAUAUUCUACGUCGUAGUCUAUUCCGAUGCGAGACGAAUUAAACAAUUAAAAAAGGACGUGGAAGAAGUCAAAAAGGCCGAUGACCAAUUAGACGCAGCAACCGAACAUAAGAAAGCUGAAAAACCACAGAGUCACGAAUUUAAAAAAGGAGGCGGAAAAGAUCACCACGCGGAACAUCACGAUGAUCAUGGAGAAAAAGGGCAUAAAGGUUAUAAAGGACAUCAUCACCACGAGGAAGGUAAAAAGGGACAUCAUGACAAAGAACAGCAUAAGGGAGAAUACGAUGAUCACGGUGCUAAAGAAAAAAAACACCACCACGAAGACGGACACUACGACGAACAUCACAAAGGAGAAAAGGGUGAAAAGGGACACAAAUAUGCGGAAAAAGGACAUUACAAUAAGGGUCACUCAACUAAAGGCCAUCAUGAAGUCCAUAAGCUAGACGAAUUUAAGAAAGAUAAGCACUUCUUUGACGAAGAAGGAGAUUCCGGUCACGAAGAGAAGCACGGUGGUUAUCACGAAGAGCAUGGUCACAAAAAAGGAGGGAAAUUCCACAAAGGUCAUCAUGAUGGUGGUCACCACGAACAUGAGCACGGAGAAAAGGGUCACCACGAAAAAGGCGGGAGCCACCACGAGCAUAAAGGACACAAGGAGUCUGGAGGUCAUGAUGAACAUCAUCAUCACCAUCAUGAUCAUGCAAAGAAAGGUGGUCACGAACAUCAUAAGAAAUGGGGUUUCAAAAAAGGACACUAA